GGUACCAUUGCAAGAGUCGAAGUAGUCAACUUUAUGUGUCAUAAAUAUUUGAAAGUGGAUCUAGGACCAAAGAUUAAUUUCGUCAUUGGCCAUAACGGAAGUGGAAAAAGUGCCAUUUUGACAGCCAUUACACUCGCAUUGGGAGCCAACGCCAACUCCACCAAUCGAGGUCGAAACCUGGGUUCUUUUAUCAAGGAAGGCAUGAGUGCAGCAAAUAUCACCAUUCACCUUACCAACGGCGGUGAUCGACCUUAUAAACCCAACUUGUACCCAGGCAUCAUUGUCAUCGAACGUCGAUUAAACCUCGAAGGUCCCUCACCCUAUAAACUCAAAAACAGUUCCGGUAAAAUCAUCUCUCACAAAAAGGAAGACCUUAUAGCCAUUCUUGAUCAUUUCAGCAUCCUCGUCAACAACCCCUUGACCAUGUUGACUCAGGAUAUGGCCCGAAAGUUUCUCAGUGAUAGUACGGCAGAAGAUAAAUACCGCUUAUUCAUGAACGGCACCCAAUUAUCAAAUAUGCAGAUCGAUUUCGAGACCGUACGUCAAAGUUUAGAUACAGCAAAAACCACUCUGGACCGUAAAAAGGAAGGAUUGCCUGGUUUACAGGAAAAGGCGAAUGAAGCACAACGUCGUUAUGAGGAUUUAAAAGAAGCAAGAGAUAUCACCACACAUAUUGAUGAGUUGAACAAUGAAUUGGUAUGGUCUCAAAUCAUUUUAAAGGAAAAAGUCGCCGAGAAAUACAAACACGAUGUCGCCGUGGCAGAAAGAAAUCUGGAAAACAUGCAAGAGCAAUACGAAACCCAAAAAUCAAAGAUUGAUGACGUUGUCAAAAAAAUUGAGGCUGUCAAUCAGGAAUGGGAUCAUCAUCGCAACGAUGAACUGAUGGAUAUUAACGAACUUAUUAAAAGUACAAGAACCGCCAAAGCCAGACAAGAAACCAAUUUAAAAGUCCAAACCGAUAAAUUGGAAGCCUCGACCCGAGUGAAACGUGAUGAAAUUCUGGAAGAGAUCAACCAAGCCAAAGAAAUCAUUGAAACGAAGCGAAAACAAGCAAAAGAAUUUCGCAUCCAAUACGACGAAUUCGAUGAACAAAGUAAAGCCGUCAAAGAGAAAAGAGGACAUGUCAUAGAUGAAUCGAAAGAGACUCGAGAUCUCAUCGACCAAUGCACGAAAAAAAUUUACGAUUUAAACGCACAACAGCAGAAUCGUAUGAAGGCCUAUGGCUCAAAUAUGCCCCACGUAUUGGACGCCAUCGAUCGUGAAAAACGUUGGAGGAUGCGAAAACCCGCUGGCCCUUUUGGUUCCACCAUGAAAUUACUGCAACCUCAAUUUGCCAAUACUCUAGAAUCUUUCUUUAAAAAAUCCUUGAACUCAUUUGUAGUCGAAUGCUUUCAUGAUAAACAUUUAUUGUUUAACAUUUUGAAAAGAGCCAAAUUAGAAAAUACAACUAUAUAUGUCUCGGAAUAUGAUGCCUUUGAUUACUCCACCGGUGAACCAGACCCACAGUAUAUGACCAUACUGAGGGCAAUCAAAUUUGAGAAUGAUUGGAUUAAACGCCAAUUGAUCGUGCAUCAGUAUAUCGAAAAAGCCUUAUUGUUUGAAGAUCGUGUAGAAGCAGACAAUGUCAUGUUGACCCAUCCAAGAAAUGCCAAGAUGUGUUUCACUAGUGGCGGUCAUAAAGUAGGUGGAAGUGUCGGUAUGAAGACAGAAACGCUUGAUCCCUGGAGCGGUCUUCCUCGAUUUAUGACCGAUAUCGGUUCUCAAAUCCGCAAAUACCAACAAGACAAGGAAUCAUUACAGGAAAAGUACUUUGAGAAUGAAAAAAAACUUCGAGAUCUCACCACGGAGAAUAUCGAGCUUGAAAAGAAACGAAAUGCCAGUCGACACCGUGAGAAUGAAAUCGAAGCGGAAAUCAGAAAAUUCUAUGGCUAUAUUGAAAACAAGGAAGACAACCUCAAAGAAGACGAUCCCGUGGAUUUAUCCUUAUUCGAAGAAGAAAUCAAAGAAUGCGAUGAAAAGCUUUUACAAUAUGUAAAUCAGUUUAAAGACAUCAAAGCGCAACGCGUCGCUUUACUUGAUGAAAUGAAGCACAUCCUCGACAAAACCAGUCUCAUUGAGAAAAAGGAAGCAGAACGAGAAAACAUAUCGCAUGAAUACCGUACACGAGUCGCCAAAUUGCAUGAACUCAAGACAAAACUCGCAGACAAGCUGGAACAAUUUUAUUCACAGAAACAAUCAUUAAAGAGUCGUCUUGAAAGUCGAAAGACUAUGUUAGGUGAGGCCGAGCAACUGGUCCGUACCUGGAUCGCUGAAUGUCAAGAGGAUUAUCCCGAUCGUGUCGAUACCGAAAGAGAACCCCAUGAAAUCGAAAUGGAAAUUAAACGUUUGCAAGGUAUCGCUUCUCGUAUCGAAGAUGAAGCUGGUAUCACUUUGGAAGAGGUAGAAGAGUUAACCAUGACAACCGUGUUGGCCUGGGAGCAAGCCAUGACGAUCUCUAGAGAAAUGGAAGCAUUGUCAGCAGCUUUAAGAGAGAUGCUCGAGAAACGUAUUCGCAGAUGGGAAAAUUACCGUGCUUACAUGGUAUUGGCUGCCAAGCAUUAUUUUAGUUAUUAUCUUCAUUUAAGAGGUGACGAAGGUGUUCUUCGUUUUAAUCAUCAGACAAAGAGACUAGAUAUUCGUGUAUCCACCGGUGACCAAUAUCGAAAGGGCUCACGUCAAAAGGAUUCAAGAUCUCUUUCCGGUGGUGAGAAAUCCUUUUCACAAAUCAGUUUAUUAUUGUCGCUGUGGCAAAGUAUUUCUUCGCCUCUUAUCUGUCUUGAUGAAUUCGAUGUGUUUAUGGAUGCUGUGAAUCGUAAACAAACCAUGAGCAUGAUUGUAAGUAUGAUGUUUAUCUAUAAUAAGACUUUAUUUAACCCUCCAUAUUAG